UUGUUUUCCUGCAGGUUUUGAAAUGGCUUCCUGGGUUUGCUGCAAUUCCUGCUUUCUUCCUCGAAGUGCUGACCGCAAACUGGCGGUCACAAGCUGUGGCCAUGUCAUCUGUAGUGACUGUUAUCAGAGAGGCCAACCAGGCAGCUGUUUAAUCUGUAAUGCUAAAUGCCAACUGUCACCACUGUCUGACAAAAGCAGCCCUGGUGUGAAGGCCCUUUUCUCAAACAUCAAGGUGGUGGCAGCCAAGCACUUAACGGAAAUCAGCCAAGUUAUAAAGUACCAGGAAAAACAUCAAAAGAGGCUCUUCACUCACUACGAGCAAAGGAAUGAAAAGCUAGAGGAGGCAGUAGUGAGGAUGAAGCAAGAAAUGCAGCAGAUGACAAAGAAGCUGAAUGAACAGAGUGCCUACAUUGCUAAGCUGGAAAAUGCACUAAAGCUUCAGAGUACCAAAGCUUCAUCUGGGCACCAUAUGAGCCAUAGUUCCCAAACCCCACAUGGACAUAAACCAGUCCUACAGAUACCAUAUAACUCCUCUGUGUCCCUCUCACGACACUCUUCAGCUACUAAUGUCACUGAAAACAUGGAGGUGGAUCAAAGGAGUCUGUUCUGGAAACCUAACUCCGGCUCAUUUAUCAGAGCUUCACAAGAUGGAUGGACUGGCACCAUGCCUCACAGAUCGUCCAACCCAAACAUGUCAGCAAGUCACGCCGCAUGCUCAGCCACAGUGAGCCGUUUUCACGGAGGACCCCUUACCCCAGACGCGUCAUUCGGCCAGAGUUCUGGAUGGAAGUCUCCAAUCUUUAGACCACCGUCCUCCUCCAGGCACUCUAUGUCCUCACUGGUCUACCCACCUCCUUAA